AUGACGGCGCUUAGUUCUUCACAUGCAUCGCCAUCGCCAGACGAAGAAUCCUGGCGCAAAAAUCUCAAUUUGCCAGCAAAGGACAACAGAUACCAGACUGAGGAUGUCACUUUGACGCGAGGGCAGGAAUUCGAGGACUAUUUUUUGAAGCGCGAACUGCUAAUGGGUAUCUUUGAGAAGGGUUUUGAGCGGCCUUCCCCCGUUCAAGAGCGGGCAAUCCCCAUAAUUCUGCAGAAUCGAAAUGUUCUUGCGCGGGCUAAGAAUGGCACCGGCAAGACGGCAGCAUUUAUCAUUCCCUGCCUCGAAAAGACUGACCCCGUUAAAAAGCACAUUCAGGUGCUCAUUCUCAUUCCGACCAGAGAGUUGGCGCUCCAGACAUCAGCAGUUGUCCGUGAGCUAGGAAAGCACAUGAAAGUUGAGUGCAUGGUAUCAACAGGCGGCACAUCACUCAAGGACGACAUCAUGCGCCUGUACAAGCCAGUCCAUGUUCUCGUUGGUACCCCUGGGCGCAUUCUCGACCUCUCGGAAAAGGGUGUGGCAAUUCUAACCCAGUGCCAUACCCUUAUCAUGGACGAGGCAGACAAGCUCUUAUCUCCAGAGUUUGAACCUUUAUUAGAAAAACUCGUACUACACUGCUCUCCCGAACGUCAAAUUUGCCUCUUUUCUGCAACAUUUCCCGUCAGUGUCAAAAAGUUUAAGGACAAGUUUAUCCACCACCCUUAUGAAAUCAAUUUAAUGGAUGAUCUCACUCUGAAAGGCAUAACCCAGUUUUAUGCUUUCGUAGAGGAGCGUCAGAAAGUGCAUUGCCUACAUACACUUUUUACUAAAUUGGAGAUAAAUCAAUCAGUAAUAUUUUGUAAUUCUGUCAACCGAGUUGAGUUGCUUGCUAAAAAGAUAACAGAAUUGGGCUAUUCAUGCUUCUAUAUCCACGCAAAGAUGCAACAGUCUCACCGAAACCGUGUGUUCCAUGAAUUCCGCAAUGGAUCCACUCGCCAUCUUGUUUCCUCUGACUUGUUUACCCGUGGUAUCGACAUUCAGUCCGUUAACGUGGUUAUCAAUUUCGAUUUUCCAAAGACAUCAGAGACAUACCUUCAUCGAAUUGGUCGUGCUGGUCGAUUUGGUCACCUGGGGCUUGCUAUAAAUUUGAUCACCUUCGAUGAUCGAUUCAAUCUCUAUCGCAUAGAAUCAGAACUGGCCACUGAAAUCAAACCAAUCCCACCGACGAUUGACCGUGAACUUUAUUGCAAAUAGGACUCACAAGGCGACAUGGCGACAUGUUUGUGCCUCAGAGAUGAGUCAGUUCGAGCACUUAAUUCCACGCAACCUAAUCGUGCUGAGAACCGCAUCUUGGAGCCGCUGCGUUUUUUUUGUCAGUCUCUAAUCUUCCAUUCGUCGCGCAGUAUGACACUAAAAUGCUGCAAUGGAAAUACACGAUGAUGAUUAAAGAUGUAGCAAAAAUUACACCAUUUUCGGGAUUUUAGAGGUCAAUUAAGCCCUGUUUGCUGCGCUCAUAGGAAAUCGACCUCUAAUCUCAAAAAUGAUGAUGAUUUCAAGUUUCGUUCCAACCAAAACUUGAAAAAUAUGACAUCACCCCCGCCCCCGGCCCUUCCUUACCGUGACAAAACUAGAAUAUACUAUAGUCACGGUAUACUAGUAGAGUCACGGUAUAGAUUUUUAGAUCAUCGUGAUGGCAGUGAGUGAUUCGAGUUUUUAAAUUUAUCAUGAUAUUUUACAUCUCAGGCUUAUCUUAUCAUGAUGAUGUCAUGACAGAUUCGGCCUAGACAGAGAGAGUAGGGGG